AUGAAGAGUCUGCUGAAGAAGGAUGUGAUCAUGAAACAACAGGCCGCACAUGUUAAAGCCGAGCGAGACAUUCUGGCCGAGGCUGAUUCUCCUUGGAUUGUGAAGCUUUUCUUCUCGUUCCAAGACGAUCGUUGCCUCUAUUUCGUGAUGGAGUACGUCCCUGGUGGCGAUAUGAUGCAGCUGCUGAUCAACAAAGGAGUUUUCGAAGAGAAACUAGCACGGUUCUACAUCGCUGAGCUAACAUGUGCCAUCGACUACGUGCAUUCAUUAGGGUUUAUUCAUCGCGAUAUCAAACCGGACAAUAUCCUGAUCGAUCAGCAGGGUCAUAUUAAGCUCACCGACUUCGGCCUAUGCACCUGGUAUUAUGGUCCAGAGAAUGUCUCUGAUCCAGCACAUGUCCGUGUCGAUUCCUUCUCCUUACCAUCAGAAGUAGCAGCAAUGGAGCAGAACAUGAAGGUGCUGAACGUACGCCAUCAGAAGAAACGUGACCAAGCGCAUUCCGUAGUGGGAACUGGAAACUAUAUGGCUCCGGAGGUGAUCUUGAAGAUCGGUCAUACACAGCUUUGUGAUUGGUGGUCCGUUGGUGUAAUCCUCUACGAGAUGGUUUUCGGACGACCACCGUUCAUGUCGAUAACCGACGAUCAGAAGGAGACGCAGUACAAGGCUAGUAUUUAU